CCCUUUUCGAGUAGGUUCCGCCUCCCUCCCAAGCAAAGAAUUCCGAAUUUUCGAAAGCGUACAGCUUCACAUUUUUUCUUGCCUGUAACAACUGCAGCCAUGCCUGGGUUACUACUGGGGGAUGUUUUCCCAAAUUUUGAAGCAGAAACAACUAUUGGCAAGAUCAAAUUCCACGACUUUUUGGGAGAUUCCUGGGGUGUCCUGUUCUCCCAUCCGCGUGACUACACACCUGUCUGCACCACUGAGCUGGGUCGCGCAGCCAGACUCAGCGCUGAGUUCAGCAAGCGCAAUGUCAAAAUGAUUGCUCUGUCCAUCGACAGUGUGGAAGAUCACCUUGGCUGGAGCAAGGACGUCAUGGCCUACAACGGCGAGGCGCCAGGCUGCACCUUUCCCUUCCCCAUCAUCGCGGAUGACAAGCGGGAGCUAGCAGUGAUGUUGGGCAUGCUGGAUCCAGACGAGCGGGACAAGGACGGAAUGCCUCUCACUGCCCGUUGUGUGUUUGUGAUCGGCCCGGACAAGAAGCUGAAGCUGUCCAUCCUGUACCCUGCCACAACGGGACGGAACUUUGACGAGCUGCUCCGGGUCAUCGACUCUCUGCAGCUGACUGCGCAGAAGCGAGUGGCCACCCCUGUGGACUGGAAGCCUGGUGAUGAAGUCAUGGUUCUGCCCAACAUCCCUGAAGAUGAGGCUGCGGCCCUUUUCCCUGCUGGUGUCUAUACCAAGGACCUACCAUCUGGGAAGAAAUAUUUGCGUUACACACCCCAACCAUAGGGGGGGGCAUCAGAGAGUAGUCUCCCUCAGGACCAUAGAGGAAUGUGGAAAAAAUCUCAAGAUAAAGUAACUUCGCGUAUUGAUUAAGCAUUGAAUGCUCGGGUCUAAAGUAGGCAAUAACCAUGUCUAUCAGUAGCACAUCAUUGUACAUCUAUUAUGAUAAAGGAUACAUCUGGCCACCGGUGCUGUUCCUCUAUAUGCAUGUGUCAGUGAGCGCAAAAUGACAGAUUAGAGAUAUUAGAUAUUACUGGCAUUUAGCAGACACUCUUAUUCAGAGGGACUUACAUCGGUUAGUUUUUUUACA